UGUGUGAUGAUCUUGUUGACUGGACUCAUCCACGGUGCACAAGCAGUUGAAGAACACACAAAUGCAGAUGACAAACCCCCAGGUACUCAACAGGAGGACACAGAUAUGAGUGAUUCUGUUACAUCACCAGGGUCAAAUGACAAACCCCCAGGUAUCCCCAGAAGGACACAGAUAUGAGUGAUUCUGAUACAUCACCAGGGUCAAUUGAAGAACACACAAAUGCAGAACUGGUAAAGCCCACACUCAGAGUGCAGUCUGGUUGGACAAAUGCAUUCAAAGGAGAGAAAGUCACUCUUAGAUGUGAACUAGCGGGAGAAGACGACAAGUGGACUUACAUUUGGUACAAGGACGGAGGUGAAAUUUCUGCUGAAAAGCAAAGUGAAUACAAAUUCGAUGUGGAAGAUGCAGCAACAUUUACCUGCAAGGGAACCCGGACUGUAGGUCGCCCACAGAGCACAGAGAUCAGUAAUUCUAUUACACUGACUGUGUCAGAGAGUCCUAAACCUGUGGUGAAAAUACAGCCUGAUACACACGUGUUCAUGUACGAGAGAGUGACUUUCAGAUGUGAAUUUCAGACAGAAGAAGACUCAGUGUGGACAUAUGACUGGUAUAGGGAUGAUAAAAUAUUCUACCCAUACCAAACAUACCCCCAUACUACCCACACCACCCAUACUACACAUACCAAACAACACAGGAGUUCAGUAUCAGCUCUAUUACAUACACUUCUAAAGGGAAAUACACCUGCAGAGGGAGGAGACACAGUGACAAUCAGAUCUCAAAGACAAGUGAUCCUGUUACUCUCACUGUAUCAGAAAAACCCACACCGACUGUGAGUGUGAAUCCUCAGAGCUUCAUCUACACUGGAGACACAGUUACUCUGAACUGUAAUCUGCAGUCUACUGGAUGGAGCUUUUCCUGGUAUAAAGGUAACCAGAAAUCACCUGAAGCCCAAAAUACCAACCCACUCAG